GUUGAUUUCCUUGAGCUCACUGCCACCUGUCAAACGCUGCAGCCUCACUCGACAAACACAAAGCAUCACAAUGGCUGUCGCAGCUCUCGAGAUGGCAGGCAUCGCUCUGUCGGUGCUCGGAUGGAUGGGGGUAAUCCUAGUCUGCGCCUUGCCUAUGUGGAGAGUCACAGCCUUCAUUGGCAGCAACAUCGUGGUGGCUCAAGUCUUUUGGGAAGGCCUCUGGAUGAAUUGUGUCAAUCAGAGCACUGGGCAGAUGCAGUGUAAGGUCUAUGACUCCUUACUGGCUCUUUCGCAAGAUCUGCAAGCUGCUCGUGCCAUGGUGACCAUCUCUAUUGCUCUGGGCUUCCUUGCUAUCCUGCUGUCCAUUAUUGGAGCCAAAUGUACCAACUGCGUACAAGACGAGAGUAUCAAGGCCAGGAUCAGCAUUGCCACUGGCAUCAUGUUCAUUAUCACCGGGCUUCUCACCCUGAUUCCUGUGUGCUGGACGGCCAACACAGUCAUCAGAGAUUUCUACAACCCUUUGCUGACAGAUGCCCAGAGGAGGGAGCUCGGAGCCUGUCUCUAUAUUGGCUGGGCAUGCUCGGCUGGUCUGAUUGCGGGUGGUGCUCUGCUCUGCUGCUCCUGUCCACCUAAGGAGGACACCCACUACUCUCCCAAGUAUUCAGUGGCAAAAUCCACAGCUCCCAGUAAGAUCUACGUGUAAUGGGUACAGGCACAGAUGCCAUGGCAACAGAAUCACAUGGACUGGGAUCCUCAAACAGUUUAUGAAAAAUUGGAAGAACCUGAUAAUCAGGAUCUUGUCGAAUGUGCCAGUUCAUCUUUUUAAAGUGUUUUUGUUAUUUUUUUUAUUUUCAGUGGCUUUGUAAAUAGUUCCUGCAUACUCUGGGAAAAGUUUUAUAAAGGCAAUUGAAGUGGAGAGCUUCAGGAGUGUUGGGAGUUUUGUAAAAGUGACCAGGAUUUGAAGAGACACUGAGUUGGAGUUUCAUUGCUGUGAACUGCUGGAGUGGGAAAGGCCAAAGCACAAGCAAUGACUGCUUAGGAUUUGAGCGUCUUUGAGCUUUCAUGGGGUUGUUAUUCACAUACUCAGUAGUCUUCUGCACUGGGUCUUGAACUGUGGGGGUCACAGUCACCAAAGGGUCACUUUGGUACCCUGCAUGGCCUCCAUCACUUAACAGACUUAUCCAUUCUAGAGCGACUUUUUUUUACGUAUUCCAAUUGUGCAUUGUGAUUUAUUGUAAAUAUUAAACAAAUGUAACAAACAAUGAUGCUUAAAAAAUCUUAA